GUGCCACUGGAACCACGUGCCACACGCGGCCUUGAGUCUGUCGCGCCGGCUCUCCCCGCUCCCCGCCAAUACGUCCCGCUAGCUGCUGCUAGCCGACCGACCCUGCGCCCGGCUCCUGGCUGCCAACGUUGAUUUGCUUGAGGGGGUGACGUCUGUUGGGACACAAUUAGGUUGAUCAUGGCUUCAACAAUGUUAAAACGGGCUCAAAGAUUUCAGGGCUUUGCAAAAGGUUUGCAGAGGAUACAGUGUCAAAGUUCUGCAGCAGCUCCCACAACAAAACUUUUCAUUGAUGGAAAAUUUGUGGAGUCCAAAACCACUGACUGGAUUGAUCUUCACAACCCUGCUACAAAUGAGGUGGUUACAAGAGUACCAAAAUCUACAAAAGAUGAAAUGGAAGCUGCAGUAACCUCUGCUAAAGAAGCCUUUAAGUCUUGGUCAAAAACAUCUAUUCUCUCAAGGCAGCAAAUAAUGUUCCGUUAUCAAGACAUUAUUAGAAAAAACAUGAAAGCUUUAGCUGAAAAUAUUACACUGGAACAAGGCAAAACACUUGUUGACGCAGAAGGAGAUGUUUUACGAGGACUACAGGUGGUAGAACACUGUUGUAGUGUCACUUCUCUGCAGCUGGGAGAGACUCUUCAAGGCAUUGCCAAGGAUCUAGACACUCACUCCUACCGCCUUCCCCUUGGUGUGACUGCCGGUAUUACACCAUUUAACUUCCCUGCAAUGAUCCCACUGUGGAUGUUCCCAGUUGCCAUUGUGCUAGGUAACACCUCUGUGAUCAAACCGUCAGAAAGAGACCCUGGUGCGUGUAUGAUGCUGCUUGAUAUGCUGAACCAGGCCGGUUGCCCACCAGGAGUUGUGAAUGUCAUUCAUGGGGCACAUGAUGCCGUGAACUUCAUCUGUGACCACCCAGAUAUCAAAGCAAUUUCAUUUGUUGGCUCUGAUCAAGCAGGAAAAUACAUUUACGAGAGGGGAUCUCGCAACGGGAAGCGUGUGCAGAGCAACAUGGGAGCCAAGAACCAUGGUGUAGUGAUGCCAGAUGCCAACAAAGAGAACACCCUCAACCAGUUGGUGGGAGCCGCUUUUGGUGCAGCUGGCCAGCGCUGUAUGGCCCUCAGUACUGCUGUGUUUGUGGGCGAGGCACGCAACUGGAUUCCUGACCUGGUAGAGAGAGCGAAACAGCUGAAAGUAAAUGCUGGUCAUGUACCUGGGACAGACUUGGGUCCUGUGAUAUCACCACAGUCCAAGAAACGCAUUAAUGAAUUGGUGCAGUCUGGCAUUGAUGAAGGUGCUAAAUGUGUGCUUGAUGGACGAGAUCUAGUUGUCCCUGGUUAUGAAAAAGGAAAUUUUGUCGGGCCCACAAUUCUCACCGAAGUUAAACCUAAUAUGAAGUGCUACAAAGAGGAGAUUUUUGGCCCAGUGCUGGUAGCAUUAAGUGUGGAUACUUUGGAUGAUGCUAUUGAACUGAUAAACAAGAACCCAUAUGGUAACGGUACUGCUGUAUUUACAACAAAUGGUGCUACAGCCCGGAAAUUUACAAAUGAGAUUGAUGUCGGGCAGGUUGGUAUUAACGUGCCAAUCCCAGUGCCUUUGCCUAUGUUCUCUUUCACUGGUACGAGAGGAUCUUUCCUGGGUGAUGCCCACUUUUAUGGAAAGCAGGGAAUUAACUUCUACACACAAACAAAGACUGUAACGCAGCUGUGGCGAGAUUCAGAUGUUACCCACACCAAGGCAGCUGUUUCUAUGCCUGUUAUGCAAUAAGCAUGAAGCACAAAGUUGUAUUUCUGAUUCUGUCACUAUAUCUCGUCAUUUUGUCAGUUCAAAGGAAAAUGCAAAAAAAAAACAUUUAAUUUUCUCCAAAGGGAGAAGCAAAAAAGGUUUAUUUGAUUGAAGAGUCCUAAGAUGUACGGAGGAUCACAGUAAGUUACUCUGUACGUUUACAAAUUUUAAUCAAUAAUAAUUGAACUUCUAAAUUCCUAUUCGAUAUUUUUUAAAAAAAAACAUUGUUAUUUAUUUUUUAUGUAUGCUUUAUUUGUGAAAAUACAUUUAUUUGAAAGUUUUAUAUUGAUUUUUGAAUUCAUAUUUUGUAGUUUUAAUUCAAUUUAUUACAAAUAGAAAUGCUGAUGAAUUUGUUUAUGAAAGAUCAUUUUAUGGAAGAAAAAAUACAUAAUUUUGAAGUUUAUGUAAAUUAACUGAUGUUACAAUAUUAUAGAAAUCCCUAUUGAUGAAAACGGAGUUGAGAAAAUGGAAACAAUGUUUUCCAAUUUCACUUUCUAUUAUGUCUUCAUGAACCAUUUUGUAAAGUCUUUAUGUAAUUUCUUAUUAGCCGUUGUCGCUACCAGUGUUACCAUUUUAAAGUUGAAGUAAUGUGGAAAUUGGGAGAUUGUUCUGAUAAAAUAAUCCAGAGUAGAAGUAGAAGAAUUUACAACUAUUUUUGUAUGUAAUAUUAUUUCUCUAAUUGUUCUAGUAUUGUGUCAUUCUACCUAUGAAAAUUAUUUAAUUUGUGUAUUAUUUACAAAUGAGACUUCACUACAAAAAGAUUAGCAAUAUAAUCCUGAAAUUCAUGUGAAUUCAAAAUUCUUGUUACUUUUUAAACAUUUUUUUGAAGUGUUUCAAACAAUUGAAUUGCUGAAAAUAAAAAGAAUUUGUUCGAAAUGAUUUCUGAACUCAUCAGUUACAAGAUUUGAAUUAGUCUCUACGUGCCAUAUCGUAAUAAAAGGUUCUUGGGUAUAGUUUCUGAAAUAAUUGUAUUUUUGUACUGUUUUUGCUUGUAUUUGUUCAUACUGACUUCUUAGAAACAAGAUAUUGCAAUUGCUGUAGUUAUAAAUUUGUGACCAUUGUACAAAUUUUAUACAAUUUUAAUAUGUUUGCACUAUGUGUUCAUUCUGGUCUUAAGUUAAAGUUCUUACUUUGUGAGAUUUGUAUUUGCAGAUUAUAGGGCUCGCCCUACUUGUUACGCAUUCCAAAUAGACUGAUCAUAGUCUUCCACUAAUAAAAUGUUAAUGUAUAUUUUUGAGAUUAAAAUUGUCAGUAAAAUUCUCUAAAAUGUGUAAUCUUGUAAAAAUAAUACAUGUGCACUUGAAACAUUCAGUGAUUUCUUUUUCUUUAUACAAGGGUCACUCCAAAAGUUUUGAGAAUACUUUAUUUAAAAUCGAGAUAACAAGUUCUUACC